AUGCACUUUCAAUUGAGCCAGACUGUGGCGUGCUUGUCGUUUAUAGCGGGAGCAAAUUGUCUCAGCACUCCUCGGUCCGGAAAGCGUUCGAUUGAAGUUCGAGACGGCGUUACCCACACCGUGUUCGAGCACCAAGAGACUGGAGCAAAGAUCGACUAUGUAACAAACUCUGGUGUCUGCGAGACAACUCCUGGUGUGAACCAGUACUCUGGCUAUUUAUCUGUGGGCACAAAUAUGAGCAUGUUCUUUUGGUUCUUUGAAUCGCGAAACAGCCCCGCCACAGCACCGCUGGCUUUGUGGUUGAACGGAGGACCGGGAUGUUCAUCCAUGAUUGGACUGUUUACGGAAAACGGCCCUUGCACUUUCAACAACGUCGAGGGAAACACGCCAGUGCUGAAUCCACACAGCUGGAAUGAGUACGCCAACAUGUUAUUUGUUGAUCAGCCUAUUGGCACUAGAUUCUCGUUUGGAAGCGAAACUUACGAAUCUCGUGACUUUGGUAUCUUCACAGAGUCAUACGGCGGACACUUUGGACCUAGAGCUUCUGAGUAUAUCCAGUCCCAAAAAGCCGACAUCGCCAGCGGGAAGAUUCGGGGUCAAAUGAUCAACCUGGUUGCUCUGGGAAUUAAUAAUGGAUAUUAUGACUAUGAGAUAGCGGAAACGAAUUUCCCCAAGUUCAGCACCAACAACAACUAUUACCCAUUGAUCAACAACAGCAAUGCCUUGGAGUACAUCUCGGAAAUUGAAUCACAGUGCCUGCCUGGCGUAUCAAAAUGUUCGCCCUUUGAAGAUGCGUUUUUACCUUGCGUGGCGAUCGAUAAUAAGUUUGGCCAGUUCUUUCUCACCAACUACUCCACCCAUGAUAUCAGACAGCCCGCUCCUGGGAAUUUCCCACCCGCGACCUACAUUACGUACUUGCAAGGUCCGGCAAUUAUGAAGAAAAUUGGUGUGAAUGUGACCUACUCGGAAUGUUCCAGCGACGUGGCGAACAAUAUUGACAACCUUGACGAUGUCGUUCAAUCUGGCGUGACUACAGUUAUUUGGGCGGGAGAUGCUGAUGCUGUUUGCGAUUGGUUCGGAGGAUUUGCAGCUGCGAAUGCCAUCCAGUACCAGGAUCAAACAGCCUCCAACCAAAAGGUGGUAGCCAGCUAUACAGGAAACGGUGUUAAAGGAGGAGAGUUCAAAUCCGUUGGUGUGUUGAGCUGGUUGAGGGUAUAUGGAGCUGGCCAUGCAGCCCCGGCUUUUCAACCUGAGCUAGCGCUCCAGGUGUUUAAACUAAACAUGAUGAAGACGGCUUUAAAAUCGACUUGAGAGUAUUUGGCAUACAGAUCAUAUCUAGUCAUCUAUACAGUAUUCCCUGGAAAAUUUAAACCUCAGUUUUCUUUUUUGCACUAAUCGUGAGGGGCCCUUCGCCUGGAUCUGUAAUUAGAUGUAGGUUCAAUAUCCCUAACGCAGCCCGGCCCGGUGGUAGGAAUUCGGCAUUUGCCCUGGCCCGCAGCUAAAUCCCCACGGUUCCUUUGCAAUUAGAAUCAAUCAG